UGGUUAGUCACUUGUUUAAUUUCUACUUGACGUGAUAUCGUUUCGGGUUUUGCUGUCGCUUGUGAUCCUGCGAUGCGAUCGUGGAGUUUUCUAUUCGUCGCGUUUGCGUGUGUCGCUGUUAAUCGAGCAGCCAUCUACCCAUGGAUUCCGUUAUCGCCUUGGUGGUUCCGAGCGCCAGAUAAAGACACUCCCCCGGUGGUCAACGUUCAACAGCAGGGUGGAAAUUAUCAGCUGAGCAGCAUUGAAGGAAAGGCGUACCAAAGCCUAACACCGGCAGCAGUGGUUCAACCACCGGUUUCUGCCGUGCACGUACAGUCUGUACCGUCUGCGUCGCUCCAGUAUCUCAAAAAUGGGCAAGCGAUUCUUCUGAUAUCUCCUCCAGUUCCGCCGUCUACUGGGAACGCACCGGGGGAAUCGGAAAACUCGGUAAACGAUCCAAAUAUUGCGACAGACAAUCCGAACGGCGAUGCCACCCCAACGGAAUUGAUCAACGCUGCUAAUCAGGAGCAACCGAGGGAGCCGGCUCCAGUCACUGAGAAAUCCGAAGAUUAUGACGCGACAGAGAGCUCGUAAAAAAUGUAGUUGUGAUACGUUAGCUGAUAAGUGGUGUUAGAAAUCUAAAAUGUGUUCGAGAAAGUGUUCAGACAAAUCAUUGAAAAUGUAUUAGCCUGCUGGAAUAACCUGAUAAAGAUAAUAAAGUUGAAACUAAUAAA